UGCAGAUAACGAGCUCAAAGCCCACCACACCUCCUGGAUCUCCAAUCUCCAAAGUUCAAUUUUUUGUAGAUGUCGAAAAUGCUGACGGGGUCCCGGGACCGGUCCUCCAGGUUCCUCCAGGACGACAGGUUUCUCUCCAGGCUGUUGUCGAGGGAAAGGUACAACUCCGGGAAGCAGGGGGAGGCCAGCUUCAGAGUGUUGUACUACGGCGGGGCCACGGGGUCCGUGCCCUUCGUAUGGGAGUCCGCUCCCGGAACUCCCAAACACCACUCCGCCCACAGCGCCGCGGCGGCGCCGCUCACGCCGCCGCCUUCGUACUCGGGCAACGACGCGCCGCCGCCGUCCCGGCGGAGUAAAUCGAAGGUGCCGCCGGGGAAUUCGAGAUCGGGAGGAUUCGGAUCGGUGAUUUGGAGAUCGGUGGCGCCGUCGAAGAAAAUGUUCGCGCUGUCGCCGUCGCCGUCGACUUCGUCGUUCUCGUCGGCGGCGUCGUGCGACGCUCGGCGGGGGGACGGCGGCGCGUCGCCGACGUCGACGCUGUGCUUUGUACGGCCGAGGGGGUACGGAAGCCAGCUGAAGAAGGCGGUUCGCGCCAUCGUUGUCGGUCGUUGAUGAUGAAUUGGGUAAUUAAUAUUCGAUUCGGAUUAAUUAAGGUUAAUUCAUUAGUAAUAAUUAACGUUAUUGGAUAGUUAAUGCCGAUUAAUUACGAUGUAAUUAAUCCGCGGAUUUGUAUGUACAUCACUAUUAUCAUAUGAAAAAUUAAAGAAGAAGAUCGGAGCUUUCGAUCUGUAAUUAAGUUAAUUAAUUAAGUAAUUAAUGAGAUGAGGAUCAGUGCAGUGUGUGUUUUUUCAUAAUAAUUAUCAUAAACAAAUACUAAUUAUGAUUAGUUUGGUCUGGAUUUAUUGAAUUUAUUAAAUAUCUAAAAGACAACUGGAAUCAAGAUUUGAUGUUGAUUUCUGUGUUCUGCUGAAUUUCUAUGAAUUGAA